GUCUUUGCACUCAUUUUUCCAUCACCUUCUUACUCUACAGUCUUCUCCAGUAAAGUCAUGAACUCAUUCAUCACUCACCUUUCUUCAUUCCUGAUCAUCAUCCUUCCCUACUUAGUCUCAUCCCAAACCUGCCAAAACACUUGUGGUCAAGUCCCCAUCAAGUACCCGUUCGGCACCGGAACCGGCUGCGGCGACCCGCGCUUCACGCCCUACGUCACCUGCACCGGCGAGCAGCUAACGUUCACCACUCACACCGGUUGCUACACCAUCACCACCAUAGACUACAGCAAACAAGUCAUGUACAUUUCCGACCCCACCAUGUCAACUUGUUCCUGCACUCAGCCCAGCAAAGGCUUCGGCCUCGACUGGGACGCCCCGUUCAGCUUCCAUGACAGCACAGUCUUCGCGCUGCUUGGCUGCUCCACGACCUCCUCACCGAUCUACAGUGCCAGUGGAGAUGGCGGAAGCAACAGCAAUACCACCUUCCCGAUGUGUGACUCCGAGGGUGGCUCUGUCUGCAGCCUGCUCUACUCCUGUGAGGCCAUCGGCAGGCUGAGCCUGCCAAUCACAACAUGCUGUGUCUACACGCCCGUGGACCUCGGGCCUUCCUUUGAGAUGGACCUGCAGAAGCUGCAAUGCACAUCUUACUCAGCGCUGUACGGAUUCAACGGUCAGGAAUCCAACCCCACGGGGUGGAAAUAUGGGAUCGCGAUCAAGUAUAAGUUCAACUACAACAAUGAUUACCCGACACUGUGCGCUACCUGUGAGAAGAGUGGCGGAGUCUGUGGAUACGAGAGCAGCCCUGACAAGGCAUUCACUUGCAACUGCCCCGAUGGCUUGAACAGGACGACGGAUUGUCUCUAUGGAGGAACGUGGAGCCAUGGUUCGAGAUCUAUUCCUUUGAAAGCAGAGGCUCUGUCACUAAUCGGCUUUACAUGGUUCGUCAUGCUGGUCUUCGUCUAGACUGGCAGCCGUCGUCUUGAAUAACUCAGACACGUCUCUGCAAAGGUCAUUUAACAGUUUGAUGUAAAUUGUGUUCCUUAUGUACGGACGAUGAUUAAUUCCUUUACCAUGUAUUUCUAUCAGCUGCAAAUAUUGUACUACCACUCAGUCAAGAACAUCACUACGUGUUUGCUGGUUUUA